AUGUCUAGAAGGGGUAGCUGCCAUAAGACUGCCCUGAACUCUUCUACCUGUUUGUUACCUGUUGUAAAUGUGUCUUCCCCGAGCAACUCUAGCAGCAACACUGAUAUAUACAGUUCGUUUAAGGUUGAUGAUGAUGGUUUUCUGUUCACCACCCAUCCAGAUAACUCUACAAAUCGUGCCAGGUUGCACACACAGUGUCAGCUUGAAGAUCUGAGGUCAAUAAUCCCCGAUAGACAUAAACCAGCUACUCCAGUAUUUCAUGCUACACUUUACAAUGCUUAUGUAAAUUUUGAAGUUCAGACUGGCAAUGAGCAGGAUGACUUGUCCUGUUCUUUGAAAACUGGAGAUUCAUUGUCAAAUACAAACACUCAGAGAGACUCAGAGAAUCCACAGUCAUUUCCUGUCCUUGCCCAAAACAUAUCUUUUGCUGAAGAGAAGCUACCUAAUUUCAACACAGUCAGGAAUAGGCCACAAUCUCUUUCAGCUUUGGCACUGCGAGGACAUGUCUCUGAUUGUUUAGAAUCAUUCAGCAACAUCAGAUAUUCAGGUAUCAACAAAUCAGGUGCAUUUUCUAAAAAUCAAGUGUCUAAAGACGAUGAUCACAGUUGUCUGACCUCAAGGAGACUUUUAUGUGAGCUCAGCAGUGGAGACAGUGCCAACAUCAGCGAGUCAGAGUCAAAGAUGGGAGAUUUUCCUCCUUUCAAUGGACCACCCAGUGAACCAGAGGAUCAGGGAGGACCUCUAGCAACCAGCAGUGAGGGGGAGGGAGAGCCACUGACUCUAGAAGUGAAAGAUAUAGGCUACAGCAGCGACAGUCUGUCCAAUGAUGAGGAUGAUGUGCUGCAUCAUCAGAUUGGAAUUGAGUGUAAGUUUCCAGGGAAGUGUGAAGUUGCCAGUGAUGGUCCUCUAGGAGAGAAGAUUACCUUGCCCUCUGUAGCAACCAGACCUGAGUACUACUUCAUGACCCUGGUGGAUAUAGACUCCACAGACAAAACUGAUAAUGGAGAUACUACAGAUUCUGGUGGUGAGAAAAUGAAAAAAUACAGAGGUCAGCACAAAAUCAAAUCAGCAAAGGAUGAUCCUGAGCUAGAGUUACCUUAUUUGAAUCUACCUAGAUCAAGUGCUGAUAAUUUAGACUCAACAGAUUCUGGUGGUGAGAAGAUGGAUAAAUAUACAAGUCAGUUCAAAAUGAAGUCUACAAAGAAUGUUCCUAAGUUGGAGGGACAGAAUUUGCUUUUACCUAGGUCAAGUUCACACCAAGCUAUGGGCAUUACUGAUGAGGAUGAAUGUAAAGAAACAGGAAACUGUCCACAUACUUUGGAUGAUUCACAGAAUAUUUUGGACCCUACAUCUAUCUCUGUAAGUGACAGAUACUUUAAACAAACAAAGUCUUCAAAUCAAAAUACAUAUGAGUUUUUACUAGAAAAUGAGUGCAUUAGUCCAGUGUAUGACUAUCCUCCAGAAAAUGAGUGCAUUAGUCCAGCAUCUGGAUUCUCAGAGUCAAAUAAUGUUGUAGAGUCCAAAGAGAAGAAUUCAAUAAAAUAUCUCAUAGAACACGCAGAAGAUUUAGUGAAGUACUCUAGCCCUCACAAGCAGACGCCAAAAUCUCCAUCUAAGCAAACUCAGACGGAUUCAUUCUCCACAGUGGAGAGCUCAUGUGAUGCCAGUGCUGAAGACAAUUCUGAAUUUGAGAGCCAUCUGGAGAGUGACCUUGUGAAAGAAGAUCUGUCCACUGCAACAGAUGAUGCUGACGAAACAUUAUUUAACAGUGUCAUAAAUAUAGAUUCAGUAGAUGAUUCUAUGAGAAGUGAAGACCUUGAUCACACUAUCAUAUCAUCUCCGUACUCUCCUGUAAUCGUUGAUUCGCCACAUUUGAGGAAGCAGACAUGCAGAAGACGAAAUCAGAAAGGAGACUCCAGACCUUGGAGUGUUGUUGGCCUUGAUGGCAUCAUUUUGUCCAAGAAGUUUCCAAAUCAGGGCCACAGUAUCAGUGCUGUCUCUGAGAGUGCAAUCAAUUGUUUACCUUUCCAAACUGACAGUGAUCUGCCAUCAUGGCUGCGCGUGUCAUCUCAGUCCAUGCCAUCUUGUAAUAACAGUCACCGCAGGAGAAUCCACAGAGCAUCCACAUCAUGUGACCAGAUAUCUUCCCAAUUAGAAUAUUCAGAGUUUCAUUCACCACAAACUUCAUGUACAGAAACCACUUUCUCAACAUCAUAUCAAGAAAAUACACUGAAUUCACACAGCAGUCUCACAACUCAGACUCGGCCAGUGUUGAAUAUUCCACUUGCCUAUGCCAGCGUACCAUCACAGACAGCCUUGAACCAAACCUCCAGCAGACAUUCACCACGUAAGGCCUGUAGUGAGAAACAUAAAACAAGGCAUUCUAGUGGAAUGCGUUCUUGGGGCUCAGAUGUCUUUGACAGUGCUGAAUUGGAACCUGGCAUGGAGAUUUCAGGUUAG